AUGAUAUCAAGGAAGAUGGUGUUUCCAUCGUUACUGCUAUUGAUAAUAAAUUGGCUUGUCGUUGGCACUGCUGGGGAAUUUUUAACCAUUCAAGAAGACGUCUCAAUUGAAGCACCAACACUUGUCUACCAUGCAUUAUUGCAAAAUGAAGACGCCCUCCCCAUUGACCAAGCAAGCUCUACUCACCUGCGAGCAUCUGUAAAGCCCCGGGAGUCUUCCUGGUUGGUCUCAGACAGUGAAGAUGAUAGAAAUCUGCAAGGAGGGCCGACCUUUAGCGAUGAAUUUUCCAUUUCCUUUCGGCUGGUUUGGAGCAUGGCAUUUUCGGAAGGCACCACUAUCCGAGAGCCCACGCAAGACGAGUACAAUGGCUUGCUAUUUGCCACUUUACGUUGGCUACUUGCUUCGGCCAAUGAAGCCUAUGCUGAUGAGUCGGAUUCAUUCUCUGUGAAGAGCUUUGAUAUGACACAUUAUGGCGCCAGUUUUAAUGAGUCAGACCCCUUCCCGUCAAUUGUCGGCAUGGAAUGUUCUUGCAUUUUGAAUGCCAACGACAGAGCCGAUAUCCCCUCAACCAUUCAGUUUUUGGUCGCAUUCAGCAGAGCUAUAACCGUACUGUAUUUGUCCAAGAAUACCUAA